AUGGAGUUCCCUGUGGACGUGUUGGAUUCAGUGAGGCAAGAGGAGGAGGAGCAGGCAGCAGAGGGCUACAUGACCCAGCUGCGAUACGUCACCCUCGACAAGACCGAGAGCUUUACCCUGCCCAGCCACAGAAAGAUCAGUAUCGGUCUGUGUAACGUUGGUUUUGUUCCCAUCUAUGGAGGAGACCUGAAGCACAAGGUUAUGGCCCUGUUCUCCCCAGAUGAUCAGCUCACAGCGGUAGCUCUGUACCUGGCAGGACAGUGGUGGUCAGUAGAGGACAUCCUCAGAACCUCAGACCCCUCCAGAACUGGCCUGGUCAAGGCGAGGAGUCUUGGUGAGCGGAUCGUCUUGUACAUUCUGAACCGUAUCGUGUACCGCGUGGGUGAGAUGGACAAACCUGAGGUGCCUUUCCUGUGCCACGGCCAGCAUGACUUCGCCAAGCUCCUCUGGAAGGACGGAAACGCUGUCGGGUUCUACUCGGUCAAACCCAAAGACAGCUUGUGUAAUAACUUUGUGACCCAGCGCUACCAGCUUCCUGUCAUGGACUCCAUAUUUGUCAGGAAGUGUCACCGUGGAAACGGCCAUGGCCUGCAGAUGCUGGAGGACUUUGUGGACUCUUUCAAAGACCACCAGCUUGGCCUGAAGUACCCUCUCUCUCUAACCAUGUAUAAAGUGUGUAGCCAGUACCUGUGUCGGUACCCAGCUGACCAGGAUCUGCUGUGGGUGGUAGAGGGAGUGGGAGGACCCUACCAGAGAGAGAAUGUGGCCAGCAAGAUGAAAGCCCUAGCACUGAAAGCGGUGCUCCACGCGGUGACUUCUAACGGAGACCAACGAGCAGCCUCCCUGGACCACACAGACGUCAGCAUGGAGGAGGACAACUUUCUGGACAUCACCGAGGAUGUUUUGGUGGUAAAUACUCCCCUGAAGUUAAUAGAAGCCCUGGAUGGCACACCAGUGGCAACGCGUAGCAGGUGUAGCGGACAUAAAAAGCGUGGCAGAGAAGAGACAGAAGACUCCACGAAGGAGAGCCAGCCUCUGAAGAUGAGCAGAUUGGAGGAUGCAAAGUCCGAGCCCACCAACACGGCUGUAGAGGACGGAGGACAGGAGGCGGAAGGAAGAGAGGGGGAGGAGUCUGGAGAGGCAGAGGCUGCUGUGGCCCCUGAGGAGGAGAAGAUGACCAAAGCUCAGAUUCAUACAUGGGGAAAACGGAUAGUCAAGAUGAACGGAGAACUGACUGAUGGCCAGAGAGAGGAGGAAGAGGGAGAGGCUGUGCUGGAGAACAGAACGACAGAGGAAGACGUGGAAAUAGAGGCGGCAGCAAAGGAGGAAGAGUCCAUCGAGGCUGAAGACAUAUUAGAAGCAGCUCCUGUGGUGCCAGAGGGAUUGGCUGAAGCUGUGGAGGAGGAGGAUCCUCUCCCGUUAGUAGAAGAACCAGCGUCUGUUUCAGAGGAGGCCCCCUCGUCUGCUGAACCAUCCCCAGCAGAGCCCUCACUCUCUGGGGAUGUGCGUGAGGAGGCUACACCCAUGGAAGAAGGAGAGGAGGACACUGUCGUAGCAACUCCUGUGGCGUCGGAGGGGUUGGCUGUGGUGAAGGAGGCGGCUUCUCUCCCAUUAGUGAAUGAGCCAGCCUCCACUCCAGAGGAGGCCCCCUCACCCAUGGAAGGAGAGGAGGUAAAGAGAGAAAAGGAGGAGGCGGCGGAGAGCGCAGUGGAGGAACCAGAGGUGAAGGAGAAAUCCGUGGAGGUCAUUGCGGUGGACCGCAGUAGCAAGGAAACGUUGGUCCAGGUGCGGGUAGCAGACCUGUCCUACCAGCCUCUGGAGGAAGGAGAGACCCAGCCUCCUGCAGAGGAAGGAGAGGAGGAGGAGGCGGCGGCGGCGGCGAAGGAAAAGGUCCUGGUCGCGAAUGACGAAAAUAAAGGGGUAGAGGAGAUGGAGAAUGCUACGACUACAGAGGAGGGAAGUGAGAGCUCAGACGAGGGAGGCAAGGGUCAGGCCCUUUGGAGUAGAGUUAGCGGCAGUGGCCCGGCGGCGCCGAAACGUACAUCUAAGAGACUGAACAGAGUGGUCAUCGAGCAGGACAGGGAGCAGCCAGAGGUCACAGUGGAAGAGGAGGAAAAAGCUACAACUACAGAGGAGGAGGAGGAGGAGGAGGAAGAAGGUGCUGUAGAGAAGAGUUGGGCUGAGGAAGAGGUGGAGGUGGAGGAGGAAGAGGAGCAGCCACCAGUGAUUGACCAGAGGGCAUUGAGAAGGAAGAGCAGACCGGUCCAGACUCCAAAUAAAGCCAGAGGGAAACAACAUGGCAAGAUCUGA